CAUCAACUGUGGUGGUUUCGAUAUUUUAGACCGUUUGCAUAAUUAUUAUAAAAUUCAACUUAACUUCUUCGUAUUUUAUUUGAUACUUCAUAUCAAUCCAGUUCGAUUUCCCGCUCUAUUUCCUUGGUGGAUUAUAAGGCGUGCAAAAAGAUUGAAGGGAAUGGUAAAGACAUUAAAGACCUUCGAUGCCUUUUCCUACCCCCCUUCCCGCUGACUUCGAAUGGGGGUUUGCCACAGCUUCGUACCAAAUUGAAGGCGCAGUCAAUGAAGAUAACCGGGGGAGGUCAAUCUGGGACACCUUUUGCCAUUUGCAACCGACGCGCACCAAAGGGGCAAACGGAGAUGUCGCGUGCGACCAUUACCAUCGCUAUGAGGAAGAUUUUGACCUCCUCAAAAAAUACGGUGCAAAAGCAUAUCGCUUUUCCAUCUCUUGGUCACGGAUAAUUCCAUUAGGUGGAAGAGAUGAUCCGCUGAACGAGACAGGGAUUGAGUUCUACAACACUCUCAUUGACUCCUUGCUUGGGAGAGGUAUUACUCCCUGGGUGACCCUCUAUCAUUGGGAUUUACCACAGGCUCUGCAUGAUAGAUAUGGCGGGUGGCUGGAUGUAGAAGAGUCGCAGAAGGACUUUGAGCGGUAUGCUAAAAUAUGCUAUGAAAGGUUCGGCGACAGAGUGAAGAACUGGAUUACAUUGAACGAACCAUGGAUCGUGUCAAUUUUCGGAUAUGCCACCGGCGGAAACGCGCCAGGACGGAGUAGCAUUAAUCCACAAUCAUUUCAAGGAAACACCGCGACUGAACCCUGGAUCGUGGGCAGGGCUUUAAUAAUGAGUCACGCUCGAGCGGUUGCUCUAUACAAUAAACAAUUUCGAGAGUCCCAAAAAGGCCAAAUAGGAAUCUCUCUCAAUGGUGAUUAUUACGAGCCGUGGGACGACCAAGAUACGCGGGACAAAGUUGCCGCAGAACGUCGCAUGGAAUUUCACAUCGGAUGGUUUGCUAAUCCAAUAUUUUUGGCACGCGACUACCCGCCUUGCAUGCGAGAGCAACUUGGUGAACGCCUUCCAAUUUUCACGCCCUCAGACUUUUCUAUACUUGAGAAGGCUAAAGUCGACUUUUAUGGGAUGAAUUACUACACUUCCCAAUUUGCUCGCCACCGAGACCAACCGGCACCGGAGACCGAUUUCAUUGGCAAUAUAGAAGAGUUGCAAGGUGACAAGAAUGGCAUCUCUGUUGGGGAGCCGAGUGGUGUUCAUUGGCUUCGUUCCGCGCCACAGCUGUUCCGUAAACAUCUAACUAGGAUUUACCAGAAGUAUGGAAAACCUAUUUAUGUGACAGAAAAUGGAUGUCCCUGUCCAGGAGAAGACGCAAUGACUUGUGACGAAUCUGUGAAUGAUUCGUAUCGAAUUCGUUAUUUCGAAGACCACCUUGAAGCUAUCGCUUUGGCCAACAACGAAGAUGGUACCCAUAUCAAGGGCUAUUUUGCAUGGUCAUUGUUGGAUAAUUUAGAAUGGUCCGAUGGCUAUGGUGUUAGGUUUGGUGUUACUUUCACGGAUUACGUUACACUGAAAAGAACUCCAAAGAAGUCGGCGAUGCUUUUGCAGCAUAUUUUCCACGAGCGAAUGAACUUGCCGACAGCAUCUUAGUCCCAAGUGGUAUAGCAAUGUGCUUCAUUCUGAGAAUUGCCGAAAAUAGCCUAAUAGAUGAAGUUCCGAUAUUUCAUGGUUGAAUAUCUCUUCUAAUACAUUAGAUGAAUCUGUUUGGUAUUACUUUUAAAUUGUUUUUAUCGAUAUUAUAGUGGUUUUCUGAG